AUGCUCUUCGUCACUAGACGGCUCGGUUCCGCCUUGCCGUCGCUCCAGAACGGUGCUUCCCUUAUCCGGUUCUUUAGAACUGAGCCAGGUCAGCCGAGACGGCGAAACAAGUCCCCAUCUCUGCCGCUCAAGAAGAAGGAGGAGAAAUCGGAGUGGUGGAUCGUCGACGGAGAGAUGCACGAGAUCGGCGACCACGUCCCUCUCCGUGAGCGCUUCACUAUCCCCAGAGACAACAUCCCCAAUAGGCGCCGCAAGCAGCUCCGUGAGCAGUUCAUGCGCCGCACUCGCCUCGUCCUUAAAGAAUCGGAGCAUGAGCCAUGGUGCAAAAAAUACAUGGAACUGUAUACUGAGCUUAGAGAAAACUGGGAGAGGCUUUACUGGGAUGAAGGCUACUCGAAGAAGAUUGCAAGAGAUCAUGCAAAUUACGAGUCUGCUGAAGAAGACGAUGAAGAUUUUAAUCCAUACAGGAACAAGCGACCUUAUAAUGAUCCAGCAAAGGUAAAUGAAUCUGUGUCACUGACUAAGUUUGAAUUCGUGUGGUUGGUUUCUUGUAGUUUGAUAUCAUUUGGCAUUUCUUGUGACCUCCUCAAACGACAGCAGGAGCAAGGGUUUAAUAGAACAACAACACAAGGUGAUGAUAACAGGGACAAAGUCAAUCAGAUCCGGGACAAAUUUGAGUAUGACAGAGAAAGGAGAAUGAGAGAAAAAGCCUUUGCACCAAUGAAUGCCGCACCAGACUCUAGAGACUUGAAUUGGAAUGCACAGAGACAGCCAUUUGAUGCUGAGAGAUACACUCGGGAUUAA